GGCAUUUUUGAUUGGACCAUUUCCUUUACGUCAUUUGCUUCUAACUUGAACCCAAACAUUUCCCCGCGUUGAGAAGUUGUCUUCCUACUGCAGGAUCCUGUGGUUAGCUAGCUAGCCAGCUAGUUUUGUAAAGAUGUCGAACUCACAGAAAACUAACGGUAGAUAUUUGUGGUGGGCUCUUAUGGGUCUUGGAAUUCAGCCCGAAGUUGCGGCAUCACACGGAGCCAGCAAAGGCAGUAUCAAACACAUAAAUCUUGGACCAAACAUGUUUGACAGACCAAACAAGGAUGCUUUCUGUAUAGUAACCCAUUUUCUAUUGGAAAAACUUAACCCAUCCCGUUUCCAUGAUUCAUACAGACAUUGCUGGCCAAUUAUGGAUCACAAAGCAGAUGCGGAAUUCCGUAAAAUCACGUGUGCAUGGCUGCGAGAUAUAACGGAUGAAAAUGGCAGCGCAGGUCCCAAAGUAGUAGCAUCGCUGUUCCUCUCACCUGGUGGGCCCAAGUUCAUCAACUUGAUGCUCUGGUUAGCCAAUCAUGUUAUGCUGCAGGACAUGAAGACACUCUCCACAGACGGCACGUGGGUCCCGGAGGCGGCCUGGAGUCCAGCCUCCUGUCCUGAGACAGCGGAGAAGCGUCUGUGUCUGGUGAGGAGCAGGUUCCUCAGGGCCGCGUUGCACCAGGACCAGCUGCUGCAGGAGUACCAGAGACAGGCCCAGUCCCAGGUGAAGUCUCUGAGAGACAGACGAGCCGAAGACGCCAAGUAUGAAGAUCUGCUGAAGCUUCACAACCAGGACUCUGAACAGGACAGCACUGCUCUGGCUCAGAAGAUCCAGAAGGUGCGCUCCCUGUGGUCGAGGGUGGAGGCGGUGCUGUCGGCCCUGCAGCAGGAACGCCGUGUGGUGGAGAGCGUGCUCCGAGGAGAGGAGGGCCAGUACGUCCUGGACGGGAGAGACAUGGACCUCCACAUCCCCCCGGCCCUGCUGCGGAGAGUCGAGCACCUUCAGCUCCAAGGGGGCGAGGGAGGCGUGUACGAGGGGGGGCAGAUGAACCUGCUGCGUACCCUGGAGCUGCUGACCCACGCCCUGCGCCUCCUGGGGGAGGAGUGGGCCCUGGCCUCCCGCCACGGCCCCGCCUCCCUCCUCCACCCCCGGGGCUUCCAGGAGAAGAGCCAGGAGAUGGCCCGCUCCCUGGAGAGCCUGCGUCUCAUGAGGAAGAAGAUCUCCCGGGAGGAGGUUCCGGAGGUGAAGAGCGUCAUCAGGAUGUUGGAGGAGGACUGGGAGAGGCGCUGGGCCCAGACCCUGAAGCAGCACCCCCUCACCUCCUUCCUCAACGAGGACCCUGCCCUUAACUUCCUGUCCCCCAUGGCUCCUCUGUGUUUUGAAGCGUCCUCUGAGUCCAGCUCCAGAUGCAGCAUCUUCUCCCAGUACCCUGCCAAGCUCCUCGAAUUUUCCGAAGAGGGACCCACAGACAAGGACUCGGAUCCUCUCAGAGCUGUCGCCGUGGUUACCGCCGCCGACAGCAGGUCCGGUCCUCCCGCUGGGGGCAGGACGGCAGCUCCUCUCUCCCCCAGGGGGCGCUCUCCUCCCAGGACCACAACGCUCCUCACUCCAGCUGAACCCCCUCUGGCUGGCCUGGUCACCGUCCCAGCUCCUGCCCCUGCUCCUGCCCCUGCUCCUGCCCCUGCUCCUGCCCCUGCUCCUGCCCCUGCCCCUGCUCCUGCCCCUGCCCCUGCUCCUCAGAAGGUCAGCGUGUCGAAGCGCUCCCUACCUCAUCCCCAGCUGUCGGCCGUGAAGAAGGCAGCUCAGAUACUGGACUGGGAGUGUGACAACCUGGCAGACCAGUUCUCAGAGGCUGUGACCACCAGUCCUGUAGGGGGCGGUGUUGGGGUGGAGCUGGGCAGCUUACUCAGUACGCUGGCAGCAGACCCGUUCUCCAGCAGGAAGCAGCUGCCUCGCACCCCGGACAGCCUGAUCAGGGACGUGAAGUCGUGCUGGAGGAAGGCGGUGGAGGAGGGGGAGGCUCAGAAGGCCAGCAGACCUCAGCACGACAGCCUCCUCAACUACCUCAGCCCCCUCAGCGAGAGGCAGAAGGCCACCCCCAGCCCCCUCGUCCUGGCCCCGACCCCGGCCCCCCAGCACUGGGCCUCCCUUCCUCCCCCAGCCUCCAGCCUCUCCUCCAGCAUGCAGCCUCUCCUCAGCCAGAACAGCCUGCUGCUGUUCAGCCUCGACAACGAGACCCUGCCAGAACCACCCUGCGGAAACAGCCUCCUCAGCUCCGAGGACGAGGAGGGGGAGGGGAAGGAGGAGGACGAGGAGGAGGGACAGCUUCUCCUCCCCCACAUCCCCUCCCUGAGAGCAGGAGUGGAGCCGGUGUUGUUCGCCGCCCGGAAACACGUCGACAGACUUCAGCAGGCGUACGCUGAAGCGUCCUUCACAGACGCCGGGAAGAGGGCGCCAGAGGCCACGCCCUCGCCAGAGGCCACGCCCGGCGACAGACGGGACACCGGUGAUUGGCUGAUGGACACGCCAGGUGAGACUGCAACCACGGAAACCACAAACAAGGUUUUCUCCCUGGACCUGGAGGCUCUGGGCAUCCCGUCGACCCCCAGGCAGGAGCCGUACUGCCUGCCCCUGCUGGUCACCUUCUCCCCCAUAGACGACAUGUAGCGCUUACAGAGCACCUUUUAAAGUCCUGAGAAAAACCAUAUUAUCCAAACCCCAAACUGUCUCUAACCUUCUGGGGUUAGUUAAUGCCAUUGAAGUGUAUGCAGUUUGAUGCGUACAGUGUUUCAUAAUCGUGUGGUUUAUUUGUCUUAACCUAAUCUAACAAGGUCUAUUUUCCUACUGAAAACAAAAACAAACUAAAAAUGUGUAUAAAGGUGACUGAUGAAGCAAUUGGUGAGAUUGUCAAACAACGAAUGUGUACAUAGUUAAUGAACUUAAUAAAAGAAUGUGA